AGAAUGGCGUGAACAAGGAAGUCAGUAUUUUCGAGUAAGCCAGCGGAAGCUGCCUUUUGUUUUGUUUUGUCUUUGUUUUUGUGUACCAAAUUGACGGUCAUUUUAUUAGCGUAGUUAGCUAGAUUACUUUAUAGUCGACGGGCCGCUUUAUCUGUCUGUGUUAAAGUUAUUUUUUAUUAAAAAAUUAGGCGAUAUUUUGCGUUUACAAGAAGUUAGCUUUUCAGGCUAACAACAGAGCUAGCAGGCCUGAAGGCCAUCUGUCCAUUGUGCUGCCGUCAGUCAGAUACCUUUGCUGUUUUUAAUGAAGCAGCUGGGUUUUAUGGGCGGAUUUUAUUUGGAAACCUUGGAUACCAGAGUGAACAAAGAAGCCGGACCGCUGUCAUCAGUCCAGCGUUAGCUUUACUGGCUGCCGGGUUUACAUUUGUGAGUCGGUCGGCUGACUUCCUCGUUACUAACGCGGCGCUGUCAGGUUCACUGACAAAGGGAAAACAACACAGCACAGCAGAGGACAAGGAGAUCGGAUUAGGAUGUACGCCCCGCCGGGUUCUACUGUCCCUGGAGGCCGGAGGAGGAGAGGAGGCACAUCGCUGCCCAAGCAGCCGGAGCGGAGCCUGGUGUCGGCUCUGCCCGGGGCUCUGUCCAUCACAGCGCUCUGCACGGCUCUGGCUGAACCGGCCUGGCUCCGCAUCCACGGGGGCACCUGUUCGAGACAAGAGCUGGGGGUUUCAGAUGUCCUGGGCUACAUUGACCCCAAGCUUCUGGAUGAUUACUGCGUGAACCCGCAGACCAUCUUGCUGCUCAGGGUAAUUGCUGCCUUUUGUUUCCUGGGAAUCAUCUGCAGUCUGACUGCUUUCCUCUUGGACGUGUUUGGCCCCAAACACCCUGCCCUGAAAAUAACCCGCAGAUAUGCAUUUGCGCAUAUUCUCACAGUGCUGCAGUGUGCCACAGUCAUAGGUUUUUGCUACUGGGCCUCGGAACUGAUCCUGUCCCUACAGCAGCAACACAAAAAGUAUCACGGCUCUCUCAUAUACGUCACUUUUGCCAUCAGCUUCUACCUGGUGGCAGGCGCGGGGGGAGCAUCCAUCCUCGCCACAGCUGCAAAUCUCCUUCGUCACUACCCCACCGAGGAGGAAGAGCAGGCUUUAGAGUUGCUCUCGGAGAUGGAGGACAGCAGUGAAACAUUUCCUGCCGAUUAUGACAUUGCCAAUCAGUUUCAGCCGCCACCCGCGUACACACCCUAAUACCACCAGACUUGCCUUGCUAACACCUUUCUCUCUCAGCACAGCUACUUAGCUUGAUGGGCAAAGCCCCGCUCUUUAUCAAAUGGAUAUCUUUGCAAAAAAUAAGAAUAAAAAAUUUGUCGCAAUGAACACAGUGCGUGCACAUUUGGUGCACAGGCUCCGUGAAUGACAGUGCUCGGGUGCAUGAAAGCUUUCUUUAGUGGUGACAGAAAUUUAUGAGCUAAAUUUUACUUUCACCACUGGAGUUGUUAGUGAAUUGCAUGUAAAUGGCUUUUAGGAUUUGGUCCUUACAUGUAAAGGAAACUAAACAGCUGUAAGUGCGCAACAUGGCUUAUGACAAGUGGUUGAUGGGACAGCCACAGUUCGAUCAUUAUUAGGUAUUAAAUGAGGGCUGUCAGCGGUUGUUUUGCUCUUGAUUGGGCGUGAGUGGAGCUUUGUUUGUGUUAUGGUUUUAAUUUGACAUGCUUGCCAUGUCAGUGUGAUUUUUAUUUUACCAAUACAUUACAGAUGCAGAAAUACACUGACAGAUUCUUUUAAACAUUUAUUUUAUAUAAAAUAUCAAAUGGACCUUAUUUAUUGUCUGUGCAGUCUUUUUUUUUCUUUUGCUUUGUUCAUCUUUCACUAGUUAAGUCUUCUUUGUCCACUUCUGUACUUGAAAUAAGAAAACUGUCAAAAAAAAAUUGUGAGCCAGGUCUUUGUGGAGUUUCAGAACGGAUUGUCGUGUGUGUGUGUGUGUGUGUGUGUGUGUGUGGAGAGCUGGCUGCCACAGAGAAAUGGAGAAACAUGUUUGUAAGUAAGGGUGACAUUUAGUUUUUAAAAAAAAAAAAACCUCACGUUGCUCAUCAUUUUUCUUGUUUGCUUUAAAAGAAAAAAUUAUUUGCACUUUGUGAUUACCAGAUGUGACUGUUUUAGUGUGUUUCUAGUGCAUGAGUUCAUUUGUGUGAAAACUGAGUCACAAUCCUACGAGAACAUCUCACACAAGCCGAGGCUUGAACUUGUGACUGAUGUGGUGAUUCUAGUUGGUUGUUUAUUAUUCUGUUGAUUCCAUUUUUUCUGCAUUUUGUCCCUCAAACUUAUAAUUUCCUCCCCAAUUUGUAAAUAUUGAUCAUUUAUACAUAAAAAAGUGGUCAUAAUAAAGAAAACACCAUACUUUGC